UAAAAACACAGGGUCCUCCGUGGAAGGACCUGACGCAGACGUAAACAUAGCAGGUGUUCGGAUAAUUGACCCGCAGUCAUCGAUUUCUCGAUGAAUUAACGUCGUGGCGCCGUGUGGCUGCUUCUCAACGCGAUGGCAGAGGAAAACGAGCUUGAGAAGCGUGCGAUAGAGGAGCUCCUCCGGGAGACCGACCGGGCUCGGGUGAGAGCAGAGACCAUGGGCCCCGCGGGCUGGUUGAAGUGUCCCCUGCAGAGCACCAACAAGCGCUUCCUCCUCAACACCCUGCGCUCCACCAGCGUGCAGCGGCGCUCCAGUGAGCCCAGAGCCGCACACUCCGCCGCCAGUGUGCACCUGAGGAGCAGGACUCGGGACAGAAGCGCAGACCGCAGCAGGUCACCUCCCAGAGAUUGUAGGGGCAAUGGAGGCAACGCGGACCGUAACAAGCAUCACAGGGACAGUCGGAACGACAAGCACAAGAAAGAGGACAAAGAGAAGAGACACAGAGACAAAAGAGACAGGCGACAGGGGGAAGAUGGACAGAACAGACACAGACGUCAUGAAUGAAGCACCUUUGCUUACAAGGGAGUUACGCUGCUUUUCCUGAGACCACAGAGGUGAACACUCUGACCUCUGAACAGGCAGCUCACCUCUCAGAGCUGCGGGAGUCCGGUCCACCAUGUUAGAAGGAAGAAGAAUAGACUCUGAUUUUUAACUUUUUGCUUCUACUAAUAUUUCCCCCCCCCAACAGAGACAUCAGUUGAUUAAUAGUUGACCUUUGAGGUCACCAUGAUGUUAUAGAAUUAGCUUCUUCCCUCACAUUGCUCUCACAGCAAGAUUUUAAUGUUCCUUUUCCUCAAGAAAUUUCAAGAGAAAUUAUAAUAGUAUCUCAGGACAUAAUAACUUUUUUUCCCCCCUUCUUCCAUAUCAUCUGCUCUCAGAUGACUCACAGUUUGGUGUAAAUCUGUUUCACCUGCAGUAAAAGGAGGACUGAUUUCAAUUAUAAUGUCGUUACCAUUCUUCUGUCACUAUUCACGGAUCAUAAUGUUUACACGGGCCAUGCUGCUGUCGCCACUGGGUAAGCCCUAUGUUAUCACGUGUCCCAACUUUUUGACAUGUUUACACCGGCUAUCAGAAACGGUUUUGUUUGUCAAAGGAUAAAAAAAAUAAAUUCUGACACUCCUACUGGUGCCCACGUCCA